AUGUCAUACAAUUAUCAAUUCCCACCGUCUUCUCCACUACACGAUGAUGUUGUAGCUGAUGAUAAGCUUCAAUAUAGUAAAGAUCCAUUUGCAGUCAAAAAGCAUCAAAAUACUCAAUUGUCAGAUCAUAGAUUGGGACGUGAUAAAUAUCCUACACCUAAUCCAUCUUCAUCAUUAUUCCGUUCAUCUUCACCAGCUAGGGGUAAUAAUUUCACAGAAGCAAACGUUGCGGAAACUGAAGAAAUUUCAAAAUCAACUGAUUUAAAUGAGGAAGUGAAGACGUCAAUUAGUAUUAACAAAGAUUUCAAUAUUUUAAAUCCAGAUAAAGACGUUACUCGGAUUCCAUUAUUAUCAGAGAAAAAUCAAUUUUAUAUUGGUAGAUCAUCAAAAAAUUGUGAAUAUCCAUUAACUUCAAAAGAUUCAUUUAUUUCAAGAAUUCAUGUCAAAAUAAGCUAUGAUCAAGAACAGAUAGUACUUGAAUGUACUGGUUCAAAUGGUGCUACUAUUAUUAUUCCAAAGCCAUGUUAUGUUCAUUCAACGAAUACAAAAAACAAUUAUAUCAUAACAGAAAACAAAAAUAACAAGCUCAUUAAUGCAUCAAGUAUAAAGUCGAAAUCUAUAAAGUUAAAUUCAAAUUAUUCAGAGUUUUACAUUCAUAAAGGUGAAAUUCUUACAUUACCUAAAUUUAAAAAUAUAAUGUUGGAAAUAUCGAAACAAAUAAUAUUAAUUAAUCCUCACGAUGUUGAAGAAAAUUUGACUGAAGAUGAUGAUGAAUUAACUGAUGACGAGGAAUUAAUUUUAAUUGAUAAAACUAUAGACAACGAUAUUGAAGAUAAUGAAAAAGUUGUUGAGGAAACUACACCAAUGAAUAAAAUAUCUUUAAAUAGUUCAAUUCCAAAUACUCCUUCAAAAUCAAGAAAUGAAUUAAAUAUAGAUGAAGAAGACAAUUAUGAGACACCAAGUAAAGAAUAUCAACAAAUCAAGGCUGUCAAGUUCAACGAGUCUAAUAAUGAAGAAAGUGACAAAUCUAUUAUACAAGAGACAAAGCAACAACACAUUGUUAAAAUCAUGCAUCCAAAACCAACUAAAAUUACAUCUCAAUUCAGUAUAUUUCAAGAUAAUAAAACUAUACAACAACAAAGAUCAUCAUCAAUAUCUCCAAAAAUUGUAUUAAAAGACAAAACAAAUACAAUCAGACGUGCAUUAUCUGAGGAACCAAAAUCGAUCAACCAUAACGAAGCUGUUAUUCAUAUCCCUCAACAAGAACAAAACGAAAAUAACGAACAACAACCACCUAAAAAGAAGAAAAAAACAUCAGUAAAUCAACCAAUAGUGGAAUUUGAUAAUUCAGUAUUAUCAUUACCAAAUUUAGAAGAAAUCAAUAACAUUUUCAUAAAUCAUUUAGCAUUUUCAAGAUUAAGUUCAACUCCAAUUUCAAUUUUAAAUACAAUAAGUCAAUUAACUUCCAAUUUAACAAAUUUACAAAUUAAAACUAUUUUAAAUAAUAUAAAAUGUAUUGGAAUUAUAUGUAGACAAGGUAAAGAUGCUGCUGGAAAACCAUUAGAAGAAGAAUAUUAUUAUAUGGUUGAAAAUGAUGAAGAUUUAAAUCGUAAAAAUUUAGUUUCAAAUGUUAAAGGUCAUGGUGGAUUAAGAUCUUGUAGAAAAGUUCAUAAACAAUAUUAUUGGAAAAAACCAGCUCCAAUUAAGAAAUAG